GCUCGUCGUCGCUCUUCCUGUCCUCCUACGCAACAUGGCGAACCUGGAGCAUGCCGAGGACGACCCAAAACACGCGAACAUGUCUGCUGAAAUCCCCGCCGCCUGCGCCGAAGACGUCCGACCGGCCGAACCGUCCCCCGGGCCGGACAGAGACGCGGGCUCGAUCCCGUCGUUCGCCGCCGCCUCCGAGCUGCUGUCGGCGCCCUACUCGUGCCUGGUCAUGAACACGCACCGCAGACACGUCGCCCUACCGCCCAUGUACCUGCACAAGAAGAGGACAGGCAUCCAGGGGGAGCUGGAGGCCGAGCUGCUCAAAUUCUCGGAGAGUCUGAAAGGAGUCCCUCUAGCCUACAACAACAUCAGAAUAAUGGGCCAGCACGGAGGUAUCUACGACGACAGCAGCUACAUCCACAUGGACAUAGAGGCCAAUUUCAUUGUGUUUCAGCCCAAAAAAGGACAGAAACUGCUGGGUAAGGUGAAUAAACUCGGAGUGAGCCAUGUGGGCUGCCUGGUGCACGGCUGUUUCAACGGCAGCAUUCCCAAACCAAACCUGGUCUCUAUGGAAACCUGGAGGGACGCAGGGCCGAGGAUCGGAUCAGAGCUGGAGUUUGAGGUGACUGCAAUCGAUGCUGAUACUGCAGGGGUGCUGCUGAUCAGAGGACGGCUGGACAGAACCAGGGUCCAAGAGCUGAUGGCUAUGGGUGAGAGCUCAGAAUCGAGCGUUGCUGCAGAGCAGCCAGACACAGAACCAAAGCCAGAAACCAUGGAGGAGUCUCCAGAUGAAACUCCCAGGAAAAAGAAGAAAAAGAAAAAAGACAAAGAGGAGACAAAAGAAGAUGUGACACCCUCCUGCGAACAGGAGCGCAUCACAACACAAGAGCUAAAUGGUGCAACUGAUGAGGCAAAUGGCAACGGAGAAGGUGAGAAAAAGAAGAAGAAAAAGAAGAAGGAGAAAUGUCUGAAAGAAGAGGAGGAGGAGCUUGAGCUCUCUCCCUUGGACGUCCAAGGGAGCGACUCCAGCGGCUAUGUCAGUGACAAGCCCAGCAAAAAGAGAAAACACGAAACUGGUAGCGAUGUUAUAUCUAGUUUUAGUGACGUACCUGAAACACCCAAAUCCAAGAAGAAGAGGAAAAGCAACAUUGAACAGUUUGCCUGAAAAACAGGAUUGUGUUCUGAUUGGACAUCAGGUUAAUUGUGCAAAAUUAUUGAGGUGAUACCAAACAUGUUGAUGACAGUGAAAUAUACAAAUGUGCCUUAGCGAUUAAACACAAUUUUUUGCGAGCAAGAAUUCUGCAGCUUGUUGGGUUUUUCUGACCUCCUUUAAUAAUAAUUCGUACAAGAAGGUCAGGUUCACAGUCAGAGUCUUUCUGCAGUGGCAUUGUGUAGUUUGUGCAAAAGCGCAUGAGGGGGUUAAAUGCAGACUUGUCACAGCGGUCCUUAUCGGAGUGUGGUUCCUGUAUGCUGCCUGAUGGGGGCGCAAAACUGCUUCAUCCAAACUGGGACACAAAAAUCAAGCAGUGAAACGUCAUCAGCUUCAUCUGUUAAAACGUGGCCGUGAGUGUAAACACGGGCAGGUUUUUGCAUUGAAGCUGUUGAACCAAAUGGGACAAAACAAAACGAUGCAUGACAACCAAGACUACCAAACUCAAUAUUCAGGCAGAAUUACAGUAUACAUCACUGUAUUGAUCAUUGCAUACACCGCAUUCAUGAAUCGUUUCAAGUGAACUACUGACAUUCUGUGGUGCUGAAUGGGCAAUCAUCACACGGUGUGUUGUCUCUUUUUUGGGAGGAGAUGAGAACCAAAAGAUUAUUAAAGAUAACUAUAUUUUGA